AUUACAACUUUGAGAAAAGCUACCCAGAAGAAGGGGACACAAAAGGUUAAACAAAACACUAUUCCUUAUUCUUUUGCCAUCUUGUUAAGGGGAAAUCAUAGUCUAGAAUUGCAUGUUCAUAUAGGGUAUGGCUGAUUACGAUGGUAAAGAACAAAAAAGAAGGUUUGCCGUUCUUGGCAUCUCUUCAAUCCUUCUUGUGGCGAUGGUGGCCGCGGUGGCAGUUACAAUAAACCGUGGAGGUAAUAAAGGAGAAGAAGGGGAUGAUGAAUCUCGUGUCCAAACCGCUCAAAGGAACAACGUAGAAAUGAUUUGCAAUUCAACAGAAUACAAAGAAACCUGCAAGAAGAGCCUUGAAAAAGCGUCGUCGGACGAAAAUGCGGACACAAAGGAGCUCAUCAAGGCCGCGUUCAAUGCCUCGGCCGUGGAACUUUUGAACCACAUAAAGAACUCAACCCUUUACAAAGAGCUGGCCAAGGACAACAUGACAAGACAAGCAAUGGAUAUUUGCAAGGAAGUGUUUGAUUAUGCGAUUGAUGGUGUUCAGAAAUCCAUUGAGACAUUGGACAAGUUUGAAUUCAUCAAGUUGAGUGAAUAUGUUUAUGACCUAAAAGUUUGGCUCACGGGGAGUCUUUCUCACCAACAAACAUGCUUGGAUGGUUUUGAGAACACAAACACAAAAGCAGGUGAGAAAAUGGCAAAGGCUAUGAACGCAUCUUUGGAGCUUAGUAGCAAUGCAUUGGACAUGAUCAAUUUCAUCUCUGGCUUAAUCAAGGAUCUUAACAUAAGCUCACUUGUUGGUAAUAAUAGGAGACUUCUCAGCUCUAAGGAAGAAGCACUUGUAGAUGGUUACCCUUCGUGGGUGAGUGAAGGGCAAAGACGUCUUCUAGGGCUUUCAAGUAUUAAACCUAAUGCAACUGUGGCAAAAGAUGGGUCUGGCCAAUUUGCAACACUCACUGAUGCUCUUAAGACUGUUCCCCCUAAAAAUGCUCAAGCUUUUGUGAUCUAUGUCAAGGCUGGUGUGUACAAAGAAAAUGUGAAUGUGGGCAUGGACAUGACCCAUGUCACAGUUAUUGGAGAUGGUCCUAAAAAGACGAGGUUCAGUGGUAGUUUAAAUUACAAAGAUGGUGUCCAAACUUUCAACUCUGCUACCUUUGCUGUUAAUGCUGCCAACUUCAUGGCCAAGGAUGUUGGAUUUGAAAACACAGCAGGGGCUGAGAAACACCAAGCAGUGGCACUUCGAGUAACGGCAGACCAAGCUGUUUUUUAUAACUGUCAAAUGGACGCGUUCCAAGACACCCUUUACGUCCAAUCUCAACGCCAAUUCUACCGUGAUUGCACUAUCACUGGCACUAUUGACUUUAUCUUUGGAGAUGCGUUUGGAGUGUUCCAAAACUGCAAACUAAUUGUGAGACCACCUUUACCUAAUCAACAAUGCAUGGUGACAGCUGGUGGCAGAAACAAAGUUGAUAGCGCUAGUGGCCUUGUGUUCCAAAGUUGCCACUUCUCAGGGGAACCCCAAGUGGCUCAACUAACACGCAAGAUAGCAUACCUUGGAAGGCCAUGGAGGCCAUACUCAAAGGUGGUGAUCAUGGACUCUCAAAUUGACAACAUCUUUUUACCAGAAGGGUACAUGGCAUGGAUGGGAAGUCAGUUCAAAGAGACAUGUAUAUAUUACGAGUAUAAUAACAAGGGCCCUGGUGCUGACACUUCGCAAAGAGUUAAAUGGCCAGGUGUUAAGACCAUAACAUCUGUUGAAGCAACUAAAUAUUAUCCGGGGAGGUUCUUUGAACUUGUUAAUUCAACUGAACGUGAUUCUUGGAUUGUUGAUGCUAGGGUACCUUACUCUCUUGGCUCUAUGGCUGCUUAAAAUUAUAGAAAAAUGUUACUUUUUGUACAAAAAAAAUUAGACCACAGUUUGUACAGCUAAGAGAAAAAAAAAAGAUAGAAAUAUUUGAGAUUUAAUAAAUAAUGUAAUGGAGAGACAUCAACAAAAAAAAGGACAUUGCACAAAUUGACAAAUUAGAGAGAGAAAAUUGUAAAGAGCAUCAUGCUAUAGUGCUACCCCACUUUACACAAGGGUUAUAGAUUAUAGUCAUAUUAUUUUGAGUAAAUUAUAGCAAUAUUUCCCUUA